AUGUUGAGAUCCUUCAUUUCGUCUGUAUCUGGUAAAAGAUCAACUGCAUCACUAAACAAUGGACUAUUAUUAAAGUCCCUGGCUCGUUGGGGAUCAAAUUUGAGUAAGCUGGAUACUUUUUCCUACGAGCAGCGAGUGGAGAUCGUCACCAAAGAUCAUGACAAUCAUUAUCCUUUAAUUGAUAAUAUUCGUGAUGCUGCUCCGAAAUUGACCCAAUCUCAGCUUUUACGAAUUCCACAAUUCAAAACAAAUUACCAGUACUUGACCAAUGAACAAUCAGAAACCGAGAAGUUGCAUCUAGUGGAAGGGAGAAUCACUCGAAUUAGAAAAUCCGGCAAGAAGUUAGUGUUUCUCGAUAUUAUCCAAGAUUUCCAAAAACUUCAAGUAGUAUAUUCUCUCACCACUAUUGCCGACCAGUUGCCAGAGUUUUCGAGGGAUGACUUUGUCUCAACUCACGAGUUCCUCAAAAUUGGUGACGGAGUCUCCAUAAAAGGGAUCCCCUUCAGAACCAAAUCUGGAGAAUUAUCAAUUAGAGCUCAUUCUCCUCUCAAGUUAUUGAGCAAUUCCCUAAUUCCUGUGGCUCAAAAGACGACCAUCGAUCUCGAUAGCAGAUACCCUAAUUAUAAGGUCUGUAAUAUGAUCAUGCAACCACAACGACUUGCCCCGCUAGUGGUGAAGAGUCUUGUCACCAACUCUAUGCGGGAUUUCCUCAUUAAUAAACACCAGUUUAUCGAGGUAGAAACCCCGAUUAUUGCAAAUACUGCUAAUGGGGCCAACGCUAAUCCAUUUGUCACCCAAUCAGAACACAUGAAAGGUCAAGACUUAACUUUGCGAAUUGCCCCAGAAUUGUUCUUGAAGAAACUUAUCGUUGGUGGAUUUGAUAAAGUAUUUGAAAUCGGUAGGGUAUUCAGAAACGAAGGUAUUGAUUCCAGUCAUAAUCCCGAGUUCACCACUUGUGAAUUCUAUCAGAGUUACACCGAUUUAAAUCAACUUAUUGAACUAACAGAAGAUAUGUUAGUCGCGAUCUUAAACCAUGUGAGAGAAUACAUUAAUAAUACCGGGAAUAUCAAAGGCGAGGAAAUAUUGAAGAACAUUGAUGAAAUCUUAGCCAAAUUCAAUUCACAACAAGAACAAAAACAGGAAGAUCUAAUCAUCAACAAUGAUGGAACCAUCAUCAAAUCGCGGUACUUCAAGCUUGUGGAAUUUAUUCCAGCAAUCGAAAAGGUGACUAAAUUUCCAUUACCGGAAGACUUAAACGAUAUUGAUUCUCUUAAGCAAUAUUUCCAGACGAUUAAUCUUCCAUUACCUCUGGUGAUAUCGGUACCGAGUCUUUUGAAUACGCUUGCCAGUGAGUUUGUGGAAUCGCAUUGUGCUGAACCAUCAUUGAUAAUCAACCACCCAGCAGCAUUGUCGCCGCUUUCAAAAUGUUUUACUAAAGAAUACGGCACCAGGAAAUUCGAAGUGGCUAACCGAUUUGAAAUGUUUAUUAAUGAAAGAGAAUACAUGAACGCCUACGAGGAAGAAAAUAGUCCGUUCAAACAAUCAUUGAAUUUUCAAAACCAAUUGAAGUUCAAAGAAGCGUCCGCCGAUACAGAAAUCGCGAUGAUUCCUGAUGUCAACUUUAUCAAGGCGUUAGAAUAUGGGAUGCCACCAACUGGAGGUUGGGGUUGUGGGAUCGAUCGUCUCACAAUGUUAAUUUGCGGGGUACUGAAAAUUGGAGAUGUUCUUAGUUUUGGGAACUUGAAGGAUGUGAUAAGAUAUUAG